CCAGAACAUUAUGGCCCAUUUCAAGAAAAUCCUGAGUGACAUUAUACGGGAGAAUCUGAAGAAUGGUGGUAUAAAUGUGAAGUAUUUCAGUUGGAACGCGGCUAACUGAUAUACUGCAGAUUUUUUGGCCGCCAUUACGGUGACGGAUUGCGAGAAUACCUGGAAGUUUUACAAGAACACACAGGAGACUUCAAUUCUAUUAAUCGCUAUCACCGACUCCGACUGUCCUCGACUGCCACUAAAUCGAGCUCUGAUGAUACCCAUUGUUGAGCACGGCGAUGAAUUUCCUCAAGUCAUUCUUGAUGCGAAGGUCCAGCAGAUUCUCAACUGGAAGACAGCUGUGGUUUUUGUGGAUCAAACCAUAUUGGAUGAAAACUCGGUGCUGGUCAAGUCGAUUGUUCACGAAAGUACCACCAAUCACAUCACUCCCAUCUCUCUGAUCCUCUACAAAAUUAACGAUUCCCUGCGGGGUCAACAGAAGCGAGCUGCCCUUCGUCGAGCUCUGGCCCAAUUUGCCCCCAACAAACACGAAGAGACGCGCCAGCAGUUCCUAGUGGUAUCCGCCUUCCACGAGGACAUUAUCGAAAUAGCCGAAACCCUGAACAUGUUCCAUGUGGGCAACCAGUGGAUGUUCUUUGUGCUGGAUAAGGUGCGUCGCGACUUUGAUGCCGGCACUGUGACCAUAAAUCUGGACGAGGGUGCCAACAUAGCCUUCGCCCUCAAUGAAACCCAACCCGAGUGCCAGGACACACUUAAUUGUACGAUCUCUGAGAUAAGUCUCGCUCUGGUUACCUCCAUUUCAAAGAUGACCGUCGAGGAGGAGUCAGUAUACGGCGAGAUCUCCGACGAGGAGUGGGAGUCCAUUCGCUUUACCAAGCAGGAGAAGCAGGCCGAGAUCCUGGAGUACAUGAAAGAUUACCUAAAGACCAACGCCAGGUGCUCCAGCUGUGCAAGAUGGCGAAUAGAAACGGCUAUUACAUGGGGCAAAAGUCAGGAGAAUCGCAAGUUCCGCGCAGCUCCCACACGCGAUGCCAAGAACCAAAACUUCGAGUUCAUCAACAUUGGCUACUGGAGUCCCUUGCUGGGUUUCGUCUGCCAAGAACUGGCCUUUCCACACAUAGAGCACCACUUCCGCAACAUCACCAUGGACAUUGUGACCGUGCACAAUCCUCCCUGGCAAGUGCUCACCAAAAACAGGCAUGGAGUGAUCGUGAAGCAUUCCGGCAUAGUCAUGGAGAUCAUCAAGGAGCUCAGUCGGGCCCUGAAUUUCAGCUACUAUCUGCAUGAGGCCUCCACAUUGAGGGAAGACUAUAUGCUGAGCUCGUCAACGAACUCCAAUGAAAGCGACGAGUUGGUUGGCUCAAUGACAUUUCGGAUUCCCUACCGCGUCGUGGAGAUGGUGCAGGGCAAUCAGUUCUUCAUCGCCGCCGUGGCAGCCACCGUGGAGGAUCCCGACCAGAAGCCCUUCAACUACACGCUGCCCAUCAGUGUGCAGAAAUACUCCUUCAUCACCCGCAAGCCGGAUGAGGUGUCGCGCAUCUACCUCUUCACAGCUCCCUUUACCAUGGAGACUUGGCUCUGCCUGGUGGGCAUCAUCCUGCUGACGGCUCCCAUGCUCUAUGCCAUCAAUCGGCUUGCUCCUCUUAGGGAUAUGCAAAUAUCCGGCUUGUCCACGGUUAAAAGCUGCUUUUGGUACAUAUUCGGGGCCUUGUUACAACAGGGAGGCAUGUAUUUGCCGAGGGCAGACAGUGGCCGCCUGGUGGUGGGCUUCUGGUGGAUCGUGGUCAUCGUCCUGGUGACCACCUACUGCGGCAACCUGGUGGCCUUCCUCACCUUCCCCAAGUUCCAGCCGGGCGUGGAGUAUCUCAACCAGCUGGAGCGCCACAAGGCGAUAUCAGAGUACGGCCUGCGAAACGGCACCUUUUUCGAGCGGUACGUGCAGACGACAACGCGGGAGGACUUCAAGCACUACAUGUCACGGGCCAGGAUCUACGGCAGUGGCCAGGAGGAGGACAUCGAGGCGGUGAAACAGGGCCAGCGCAUCAAUAUAGAUUGGCGGAUCAACCUGCAGCUGAUUGUGCAGCAGCAUUUCGAGCGGGACAAGGAGUGCCGCUUCGCUUUGGGCAAGGAGAGCUUCGUGGACGAGCAGAUCGCCUUGAUUGUGCCGGCGCAGAGUGCGUACCUGCACCUGAUAAACCGCCACAUCAACAGCAUGUUCCGGAUGGGCUUCAUCGAGCGCUGGCACCAGAUGAAUCUGCCCAGCGCGGACAAGUGCAGCGGGAAGAGCGCCCAGCGGCAGGUGACCAACCACAAGGUGAACAUGGACGACAUGCAGGGUUGUUUUCUGGUCCUGCUCAUGGGGUUCACGGUGGCCCUUAUAAUCGGUUGCUGUGAACUGGGUUACCGCCGCUUUAGAGCGAGUCGCAAAAGGCGAGAUUUUAUCAACUGA